GGAGCGGCGGUGUGUUUUUUUCUGCGAGAAGAGCCUCGUAAAGAAAAUGAGUUCCACUGGAAAACAGAGUCAAAAGUCCAACGAAAAUAUAAUGAGCUUUUUUGCACCAUCUCAACUUAAAAUGGCACAACCCAGGCAAAGUCUGCAGGUUCUUCAACCCUCAGCAGUCAACACAAGUUUGAGGUCAGCUCAGAUGGGAAAAGCCAAGCGGAAACAGUGGAAACCUGAUCAAACCAGAGGUCCCAAGAGGGUAAAGAUGGAAGUAAAAUCCACACAAACAGAAGCUGAUUGUUUACCAGCUGGUGUCUCUCAAGAAGCUCAUGACCUUAUGGUCAAAGAAACUCCGCCUUCCACUUACUGGAAAAUAGUUGCUGAGGAGCGUCGAGAGGCGUUGUACAACGUCCUCCAGGAGAAUGAGAAGUUGCAUAAAGAUAUUGAGGCCAAAGAUGAACAGAUUGGACUUCUUCAGAGUGAAAAUGAAGAGCUGCAGGAGAUGGCACAACACGUCCAGUACAUGGCCGAUAUGAUCGAGAGGUUGACUGGGAAGUGUCCUGACAGUCUGGGGGAAAUGAAGGACAUUGCUCUUGAUGUGGACAGUAAGUCAGAGCAGGAGGAGGAGGAAGAUGAAGAGGAGCAGGACAUUGAUGGGAGCGAUGUGGAAUAUGAAGAAACCUCAGACCAGGAACAAGCGGGACCCUCAGGAGAGCAGGAUUAACCAGAGAAACCUGACUGCAGCUGGUUCUCCAUUGAGGAUGUCUUGUAUCUUGAUACUGUUUAAACUGGUUAUUUUAAAGGACAUUAUUUUUGGGGCUACAACUAUUUUAAACGACCAGUAAAAGUUUUUCAAAUUUUUUUUUGUAUA